AUGCCGUGCUCGAAAUGCACGUCCGAGAUCUACCCUGGCCUGGACGUGGCUUCAAUGUAUGGAGAUGUUAGCUCGACCCCGUCCACUCCCCCUCCUAAUACCGGCAUGGACAGUCCUGUUCAGGCGGCGCGAGUUUACCGUCCCGAUGUCGACCACGAGGUGUUCAAGCAUUUCCGCCGCAUAAAGGUGGACAAGGGGAAAUCGCAGCAGUACGAGUGCAGGUACUGCUGCAAUAUCUUUUCUGGUGCCGCCACCCGCUGCGCGCAGCACUUGGCGAGUUGGAGGAAGAUGAGGCGCCGCGAAGUGGCGCUAUGCAAAGAAACCCCCUCUGAAGUACGGGCUGCCAUCCGGAAGAAGUACGAGGCUAAGGCUGCAGCGGCGGAUCAGCGCCGCCAGGCGACAUCGGAUGCCAUUGCAUCGGUCACCAACGGCGGAAAGAAGAGCCGCAUUACUGACUACUUGGAGACGGAUGCGGCAACUGCGAAGCGCGAUGCACAUGAGGCGUUGGCGCUGAUGUUCGCAGCGUGUCGAAUCCCGGAGCGCGUUGCGGAGCACCCUCUCUUCAUCAACGCCGUCUGUGCCAUUAGGGACUCCGGCACAGGAUACGUCCCCCCGAAGAGGACGUUCAUCGGCGGGGCGGGCUUGCGACUCUGUUGUGAGAACAUCGACAGGGGGCUUUCUGGAGUGAAGGCGAGCUGGAAGCGGACCGGCGUGACAAUUUCUUCUGAUAUGAUGACUGAUAAGAACGGUCGCCCCCAGGCGAACGUGUUUCUUGUCAACGAGAGCGGUGCGGUGUUCAAGGACAGCGUGGACUGUCGCAUGGAGACCAAAACCGGCGGUUAUGUCGCCAGCAUCCUCAGGCCUGUGGUGGAGGAGGUCGGUCUAGAGAACGUGGUGGCGUUCUGCACGGACGUGCCAUGGGCCACCCACGUGUUGGACCUCUUCAUGGAGGACGUCGGCAAGAUGACGUGGGCCAAGAAGGUGGUGGACACUGCGGGCGAGAUCAGCUCCUUCGUCCGCAACCACCACUGGACAAAGAAAUACUUGAGGACCCCGGCACCGGUGGGUGCAAAGAUGCUGCAGGCGCUGAAACCGGCUGGAACCAGAUUCGGGACACAGUACAUUGUUGUGUCCCGUCUCUGUGAGCUGCGGCAGUCGCGUGCACAGAUGGUGGUGUCUGAUGUGUGGAAGGGUUGGGCAGUUGGGGAUAGGAAGAAGUCUGUGGAUAAGUUUGCAGCACAAGUUCUUGAUGACGCGUGGUGGCGGACGACUGAGUUUUUCUGCAAGCUGAUGAAGCUCCCGUUCAUGGCAAUGCGUAAGACCGAUGGGGAUGCCAAGGGGAUGAUGGGCCGGAUGUAUGACGUGAUGCUGCAGUUGACCGAAGAUGUGGGGACAGUGGUGGAGGAGGAUGAGGAGCAGCUGAGCUACUCCGACAAAGUGAACAUCCGCCGCCUGGUGAAGGACAGGUGGGACGACAGCCUGGCCUGCCCCAGAAUUCUCAACCCGGCGAACCAGGAUGAAGACAUCUUCGAAUCAGACGCGGAGUGCACUAAGGUACUCAAAACGUACAUCACUCAGAACCUCUGCAAUUAA